UCUAAUCUUGUGCACGAUCACAGCGACUGUCUGCCCUGUUCCGGUUAUUACAAGGGACGCGUCAGUACUGUAUCGCGGUAAUUGUAUCUUUCCCCAUCUCCUGCCACCAUAUUUAAUAUCAUGCUUGGCACAGAUAGAACUCAACAACAGCACAGGGGUGUCAGCAUUACCGCUGGAUUGCGCCAGUUGAACAGCGGCAUUUGAACGAACAGCUCGCUAAAAGCCAUCACCAUGUGGAUCUAUCUGUUACUUUUGGUGCUUUUGACCGCGAUCUACUGGGUUCGACAGCGUCUAUCCUACUGGAAGCAACGUGGUGUGGCAUACGUCGAACCAAGCUUCCCACAAGGCAAUCUCCAAGGGGUCGGUAAGCAACACCACAUCGCACAGGUACUGCAGCGAUGCUACCGGCAACUGAAAAGAACCAGCGCUGGCCCAUACGGGGGCAUGUACUUCUUCAUCAACCCCGUGGCACUGCUGCUCGACCUCGACCUCAUCAAAUCGGUACUGGUAAAGGAUUUCCAGUACUUUCACGAUCGCAAUCUGUACCACAACGAUCGCGAUGAUCCAUUGUCGCGCCACCUGGUAGCCAUGGAGGGCACAAAGUGGAAGAAUCUGCGCGCCAAACUAACGCCAACCUUCACCUCCGGCAAGAUGAAGCUCAUGUUCCCGACGGUAACGGCCGUGGCGGAUGAGUUCACCAAGUGUUUGAGCCAAGAGUUGAAACGAAGCGGCGAGUUGGAGAUGAAAGAUCUGUUGGCACGCUUCACGACCGACGUCAUCGGUACGGUUGCGUUCGGGCUCGAGUGUAACAGCUUAGCCGAUCCACAGGCCAAGUUCCGGAUGAUGGGUCGCAAAAUCUUCGAACCUUCGCCAUCACGGAUGAUGAAGAAUUUUCUCGCCAGCCAGUUCCCUGCCCUGGCACGGAUGCUACGAGUGGUGCUAACGCCGGCCGACAUUACCGACUUUUUCAUGACCGUGGUGAAGGAUACGGUGCAGUUCCGGGAGAAGAACAAUGUGCAGCGGAAUGAUUUUAUGACGCUGCUGAUGAAGGUGAUGAAGGAACAGGAGCAGAAUGCACUGGUUGGGUCCUUCGGCGAUCGCUUAACGAUGGACGAUAUGGCAGCGCAGGCGUUUGUGUUCUUUUUGGCCGGUUUCGAAACGUCCUCGACGACGAUGUCCUUCUGUCUCUACGAGCUGGCGCUACAUCAGGACAUACAGGAACGGGCACGACGGGAAGUGAACGAUGUGUUGAAGAAACACGAUUCCAUCAGCUACGAAGCGGUACACGAGAUGAAGUACAUUGAGAUGUGCAUCAAUGAAUCUCUACGAAAGUAUCCGCCUGCCACCACGUUGACAAGGAAGGUCACUAAGGACUAUCGCAUUGGCGACACCAAUCAAGUGCUUCCGAAGGGCCUCAUGGUGGCCGUACCCGUCUACGCUCUCCAUCACGAUCCAGACUACUUCCCGGAACCGGAACGGUUCGAUCCGGAACGGUUUUCCGCGCAACAAAUGGAAAAGCGUCAUCCAUUUGCGUUUCUACCCUUUGGUGAAGGUCCACGCGUCUGCAUCGGGCUUCGUUUUGGAAUGAUGCAAGCACGGAUCGGGUUGGUGUAUCUUUUGAAGCAUUUCCGGUUUACCCUCGCUUCGAGGAUGAGUGUUCCGCUGAAGAUCACGCCCUCCAGUCCGAUCCUCUCGAUCGACGGUGGAUUGUGGUUAAACAUUGAAAAGCUAAACUCGGACACAUCCGUAUCGAUGAUACGUAAACCGAAAAACUUGCACAGCUUCGGUACCAACUGUAUCAGCAUGUUCUUUCCAUUCGACGGCUGCUCAUCGAUCAGCCGUUUGCCGAUGGCGCGAAAUUUGGCGUCCGGAUCCUUCAUGCUGUUACACUCGAUGCCAAACGCGCACGUUCCGAUUACGUCCGUGGUGAAGCGUGCCAAGAUAUCUUUCAGCUCAAACUCGUCCUGCUUCUCGACCGUGGUCAGCAUGAAAUCGUUCAGUUGCUUGCCGGCGACUACGAUCGUCGGAAACAUCAUCUUCAUCUUGCCCGAGUCGCGAAAAGCUCCUCUGACAAUCCAGUGCACCAUGUUCUGGCAUCUUUUUCUUGUGGCGCUCCUGUUGGGCGUGCUGUGGAUACGGAAACGGUUCACCUACUGGAAAGAUCGCGGCGUACCGUACUUGGAACCAACGUUUCCACAUGGAAAUCUCAGUGGAAUGGGCAACACCGUUCAUAUGGCAGACAUCACGCGCAAUAUCUACCAGCAACUGAAACCGAAGGCCAACGGCACUGGAUUCGUGGGCAUGUACUUCUUCAUUAACCCCGUCACACUGCUCGUCGAUCUCGAUCUCAUCAAGUCGGUGCUGGUAAAGGACUUUCAGUACUUUCACGAUCGUGCCGUCUACCAUAAUGGGAAAGAUGAUCCCUUGUCGGAGCACCUGUUCGCCAUGGAGGGUAACAAGUGGCGCAUGCUCAGGUCGAAGCUGACGCCAACCUUUACGUCCGGUAAAAUGAAAAUGAUGUACCCCACAAUACUGACCGUGGCCGAAGAGUUCAGCAAAUGUAUCGCCAAUGAGAUCAGAGUGCAGGAUGAGCUGGAACUGAAGGAGCUUCUGGCCCGCUUCACCACCGACGUGAUCGGAAACUGCGCGUUUGGACUGGAGUGUAACAGUCUGAAAGAUGCCGAGGCCGAAUUCCGCCGCAUGGGUAGAAAAGUGUUCGAAGCUUCACGGUUGAAAAUCGUGAAACGAUUCCUCUCGUCACAGUAUCCCAAUCUGUCCCGGAAACUCGGUGUCACCAGUACGGCACCGGAUGUGUCCAAGUUCUUCUUGGGUGCCGUAAAGGAUACGGUUCAGUAUCGCCUCAAACACAAUGUGCAACGUAAUGAUUUCAUGGACCUGCUGAUGGAGCUUAUGAAGGAGCAGGAUCGCGACGGACUGUCAAUCGAAGAAGCUGCUGCACAGGCGUUCGUGUUCUUCCUGGCCGGAUUCGAAACCUCCUCGACGGCGAUGUCAUUCUGUCUGUACGAGCUGGCAAAAUCUGAGGAACUUCAGCGUAAGGCCCGAGCUGACGUGACGGAGGUGCUAGCUCGCCACGACGGUAAGCUCAGUUACGAGGCACUCCAGGACAUGAAAUACAUUGAAAUGUGCAUCAAUGAAUCUCUGCGCAAGUAUUCCCCCGCGGCGACAAUCAUCCGGAUCGCCACGAAAGACUAUCCCGUGCCCGGUACGAAGCACAUCAUCCCGAAAGGCCAAACGGUCCUGGUGCCGGUGCAUGCACUCCAUCAUGAUCCGGAAUACUAUCCGAACCCGGAGCGCUACCAACCGGAACGGUUCGACGAGGCAACAAAAUCGAAACGGAAUCCUUACACCUUCCUUCCUUUCGGAGAAGGACCUCGUAAUUGCAUAGGGCUGCGGUUCGGGUUGAUGCAGGCCCGGAUCGGACUGGCCGUUCUGUUGAGAAAUUUCCGAUUUACAAUUUCGCCCAAGAUGCCCACCCCUUUGCCCAUCUCCAAGUCAAGCACCGUCUUCUCCAUCGAAGGUGGUCUACACUUGAGGGUGGAGAAGGUCUAGUCGGGCCGUUAG